GGUCUUCUCAUUUUCACACAACUUAAAACAACUAAAAUUAUCCAUUUCUUUCUCUCUCUAAUUGUUUUUUCUUUCUCACUCCUAGCUACUUAGAAAAAUGGGCACUGAGGCUAUUUCGAUCAUCAAUUCAAGUGCUCUAACAGGGGUUUUUGAUAAUCCUAACAAUUGUCUCAAUCAAGAAAAAAAUGAGUUUUGGUAUGAGGAAGAAAUUGAUGAUGACCUCAAAUGGUCCUUUGCUUUGAAUAGCGUGCUGCAAAAAGCGACUAGCGAAUACCAGGACAUUGUGCUACUCGACACUAAGAAGUUUGGAAAGGUGUUGGUGCUUGAUGGAAAGAUGCAAAGCGCUGAGGCUGAUGAAUUUAUUUACCAUGAAUGCUUGAUUCACCCUGCCCUCCUUUGUCAUGCAAACCCCAAAACUAUGUUCAUAAUGGGUGGUGGUGAAGGUUCUGCUGCUAGAGAAGCCUUUAAGCACAAGUCCAUUGAGAAAGUGGUCAUGUGUGACAUUGAUAAGGAAGUGGUGGAUUUCUGCCAUAAACACUUGACUAUCAACCAAGAAGCCUUCAACAAUAGCAAGCUUGAGCUUAUGAUCAAUGAUGCAAAGGCUGAAUUGGAAGGAAGGAAGGAGAAAUUUGAUAUAAUUGUAGGAGAUUUGGCUGAUCCAGUUGAGGGAGGACCUUGUUACCAACUCUACACCAAAUCUUUCUAUGAGAAUAUUCUCAAACCUAGACUUACUGAAAAUGGCAUCUUUAUCACUCAGGCUGGGCCUGCUGGUAUUUACACCCACAAGGAGGUCUUCUCUUCCAUUUACAAUACCAUCAAACAAGUCUUCAAAUAUGUUGUACCAUUCACUGCUCACGUGCCAUCGUAUGCUGAUACCUGGGGAUGGGUUAUGGCUUCGGACCAUCCAAUUCUUCUCGAUGCCAAGGAUCUUGAUGUGAAGAUCCAAGACCGAAUUGAUGGAGAGUUGCUCUACCUCAAUGGAGCUGCCAUGCUUUCCUCAACCUCCCUUAACAAAACCAUAUCUCAAUCGUUGAAGCAAGAAACUCAUGUCUAUACUGAAGAAAGUGCAAGGUUUCUGCAUGGUCAUGGGCUGAUAAUGAAUCGUCUAUAAGGGGAAUUGGAGCAGUAAAUCCAGCAUCAACUGAAAUGAAGGGCAUGUUGUUGAAUAUAAAUUAAUAGUAGUAGCUUAAGAGACCUAAAUAAAAUUAAUAUAUAUAACUAGGGUUUCUUAUAGGAGAAGAAUGUUUUUAAUCUGUUGCUGUUGUAGAAACUAUAUUAGUAGCUGAAAUGAAAAAGAAAAAAAAAAGUAAACCUUGUCUUUAGCUUUAUUUUAUAAAUGAAAAAUGAGGUAUUCCUCCAAAAUUCUAUCUCAA